CGAAUGGUGACUUCGUUUAGGGUUAAGGUUUCGGUAUACCUAAAUUGUGAUUCAUUCAUUUCAAUGGAAUUCGAUACUGACACGGAAAGCUGGGAAGAAAGUUUGAAGCGGCCGAAUUCCGAACCGGAAAAGGAACCGAAACGGCCGAAAUCGGAACCGGAAUUAGGAUCGGAACAGGAACCCGAAUCCAAACCCAAACCGCGGGGUUCUAUUUGGGAUGAGUGGUACGAUGAAGAUCCAGAGUUGAGUGAAUUAUCUAUCUAUGAUGACGACGAUGAGCCUUACAUAUAUAUGUGUGAAAAAUAUGUGUAUAAGAAUAAACUCAGGCUGAAACUAGAGGCAGCAGAUAAUGAACAUCUAGAGCGUUCUCGCGGCCUAAGUGAGUACGAUGUUCUCCCCCGUCCGCCAGGAACACUGUUAUGUGGCGGUACCCAACCCCUCCCCAUAACCGAUGAAGACCGCCCUACUCUCGAACAAUUCUCUCGGCUUGCAUUGGACUAUUACAGUGAAAAAAAUGAUAAUCAGGCUCCAACAUUUGAGUUACAUGAAGUUGUCAAGUGUGCCUAUGAUGUUGGUAUUGCUGCUGGACAUAUGUUUUACAUUACCUUUCAAGCAAAGCCAAAAGACAAAGACCCCUCCGACGGCCCUGCUGCUUUAACAACUUUCCAGGCCCAAGUAUGGGACGGUUAUGAUGAAUCACGUGAGGUCAUAAAGUGCACCAUUAAAAUCUAAUACACUCCAUCCACCAUGGAAAUCAUGUCCGUUGCAUGAAUCUACCUGCUAUCGAUAUGGUUUUGGUUGUGUUAGAGAGAAAUAUAGAGGUUGAAAGCAAAGCCUGAACAGACUUACGGGCGUUGUUAAUUAAUUAAAUAUGAUGUUUAUGUAGGUGGUAUAUUUGCUAGAACAUUGUUGAUAGAUAUUAACCUAGUACUAGUUUCUUGUGUUAUUUUUCACACCAUUGAUGAUGUUUGUCAUCUAUCUAUGUACAUGGAUGAUAUCUCUCACCCAUUUGAUAUGAAUCUAUCUAGUCUUGAAUUCUGAGUUUUUAGAGUUUCA